GCGCGCAGCUAGCAAGGGAUAGCAGGAUUGGCAGAAGCUAACACAGCAGCUAAUGCUAACCCGAGCAGAAGCCUUCCUCAGUUUCGAAAUCUGUCAAACGAAACUAGGUGCCUGUUGGUUUGCUUAAGCGAGUUAGAUUAUCUAGUUGUGUUGCAACACCGACUGUUUUGUGUUACAUGGCAGCUAAUUGGCAGCUUUGGUUGAAUCGAGCUAAUAUAGAACACAUUAGCUCGCUAGCUUGUCUAGCUUAACGUUAGAACCUGGAAACAGUUGAGCUAUUAAGCUCGUCGCUGCCGUAACCUGACAUGCUAAGUUUGUUAUUUUAGCAGGCUUGGGCAUGGUUUAGGGAGAUUGUUUGCUAAUUACUUGUGCGAUUUCAGGGCUCUGGCCCCGUCUCCAGCAGCUGAAGCGCACCAGCCCUGAUCUCUCUGCUCCACGUCCACGGCCUUCAUCCUCUCUGAGCCAUGACCACCCAGAGGGAUCUUGAUAUGGUGCACCUCCGCCUUAUCCUGGUCAGUGGGAAAACACAAGACUUCACUUUCUCCCCGAACGACUCGGCCACAGACAUCGCCAAGCAUGUGUUUGAGAACUGGCCCGCAGGAUGGGAGGAGGAGAGAGUGAGCAGUCCCAGCAUACUGCGCCUCAUCUUCCAGGGACGCUUCCUUCAUGGCAACGUCACCCUGGGAGCUCUAAAGCUGCCACCGGGCCGAACGACCGUCAUGCACCUGGUUGCCAGAGAGACUCUUCCAGAGCCCAACUCUCAUGGUCAGAGGAACAGAGAAAAAACCACAGAGAGCAACUGCUGCCUCCUCUUGUAAAGAAACAGAAACCACCCCCUACCCCUUCCCCUAAACUCACACAUAUAUAUAUAUACACACACACACACACAGGACACACAUUACACACACACAUAUAAACAUGCAUACACGUUCUCUCCUGCCUUUCAUCCUGUCAGCUGUGGAUUUUGGAUUAAAUCACAGGAAGUCUGGUUGGGGCUGUCACCCGCUUUGGUUGAACACUCGUCCAAUCUGAGGCUUUUUUUUGUGCCAAUAUAGUCACUUUUUGCCCCAAAACUUUUACUGAAUCGGCAGAAGUUGCUGUUGUUUUACGUUUUAUUUGGCGUUUCAUGAUGUUUAACAAAACCUACGCUCCCUCGCUGACCUGGACAAGUCUUACAGAGCCGUCGUAGUGAAAAAGACCCAGGAACUCUUUGGUAUUCAUGGACACAGAUUUGCUAAAGGAUGUGUUGGCUAUUAUCCUUCCCCUACUAGUCACAUGGAUGUUUCCCCAGGUCGUACUGAAUGGUGUUAACCCUCUCAUUGCACUUAACCAGUCUGUUAAUCCAGCAGUGUUUAUUGUGUUUCAUCUUCUUCUCCCCCAAUGAUUUUUUUGGUCAGAGGAACAGACCUAAAUUCCCCGACGUGGUAGAAAAUGUGCCAUCCUCUUCAUGAGACUGUUUCUGCCUCUUACUAACUGAACCGUUCGGUCUGUAUCAGCACCGGUGGCGUUUGUGCCGUUAACCUACAUCUGUUUGGACCAAUGGAGAAAAGACUUUUAUUAGGAAGGGCUGUGUAAACACCGGGGAGGGGGGAGGGAACGUACAGGUCCACGAGGAACAGGAGAAAAAAAACUCAUAAAGAUGGAGUCGGAUUGAUCGUGUGCCAUCAGGUGUCUUGUUCGCACCUCUGGCUUUGACUUUAUGGACUAGACUGUCAAUGCUCCUUUGUAACGGGAGCCGACACGGCGGGCCAGUUAAACGCAGACAGAAGAAGCGGUUGAAGAUGAGAGGAAGGAGUGUCGUCGCUGCGAGAUCCCCCUCUCUACUGGACACUGAGGCAGGGGGGAGAGUCUCUCCCACUCGGACGAAGCGUAAAAAGGAAGGUUUUAGUGGUGUUUCACCUCCUUUUUCAUUUGGAUGCUGUCUUUACUUCUUGUUUGCCUUUUAUCGUGGAAUUCAGUAAUAUCAUUAAUAUUGAAAUUUAAAUAUAUCAAUUUUUAUCUUGUGUAUAGGUAUUUGUUCGAUUUUAGUGUGGGUGAGUUUGUGUGUGAGUGUGUCUGAGGGUGUGUGAUGCACGUGGCAUACUGUAUGAGGACUAGUGAGGGCAUGUGAUCUUUAAAAAAAGAAAACAAGUUGGUGCACUGGGAGUGUUGACGGGCUGCGGUUUCUUCAGAAACAGUCGGAAACCUUUUGAUUCCUUCCAUUGAGUGUCCUUUGGUUUGUGUUUUGUCAAUCAGUGUCACUGCUAUGAAGUUUAGCUCAGUAUGAAUAAAUGUAAAAACUAAAAAUGCAAUGUGGUCUACAUAAAAGCUUGUAUUAUAAAUUAAUAAAUCUUUAAAUAAGGCA